UUUAGGUUCUGGGACCUCGCGGGAGAAACUGGCGUCAAAGUGUCCUUGGCACAGUGGGCCAGUGAUCACUUGAAGGAAAAAGGUCGCCCGCUGCGCAUAGCAGUUGACGAGGCACACUGGCGAUACAAAAAUAUCCCGGAAAAGAGAGUAGCCCAAAUCAAGAGAGACAACCCAGGUUCUCUUCCAAGAGAGAAGCAAAUCCUAGAACGUAUCCUUCCGCUGCAGCGUCUCGGUAUCCACUUGCUAUUCGUAUUCGAUGGGGACGGGCGUCCGAGCUACAAAAGAAGCCACAAGAGAGGCGGUCAACUCGAAACUACUACCGCUGAUCUGAAGACCACACUGGAUCACAUCCGCGUACCCUGGUACCAGGCCCCAGGAGAGGCAGAAGCCGAGUGUGCGCUACUCCAACAGAAAGGCCUCGUUGAUGCAGUCUGGUCCGAAGAUGGCGAUACAUUCAUGUUCGGCUGCACCGUCCUCAUUAGGAAUCGGCGCGAUGCAAAGGGCGCAAAGCUCAAGGAGGACGCAGAACUUUUCGAGUUUGAGAAACUCUGCGAGUUGCAGAAAGGCCUUGACAGUAAGGAGAGCAUUGCACUCCUUGGUAUGCUUGUCGGAUUUGACUACGUCCGCGGCGGACUGAAAGGCUGCGGAAUCAGUCUAGCGCAGCAUCUUACCAAGAAAGAGGCUCUCGUGGAUGAAUUUUCGCAUAUCCAGACGGAGGAACAGGCGACAAGAUGGCGAAAGAGCUUGGAAGCAUCGAUCGACGAUAUUCUACAGGAUAAGGUCUUAGGACGGAGCUUGCACUUCGACAAGGGCAAGUCUAACAUGAAGAAGUUUCCAGAUCUUGAGGCUCUGAGAACUUGCCUAUCGCCAGUCGUUUCCGGCUCGGACGCUCUCGAAAGACUCCCGUUCCUGCAGGGCGAGUGGUAUCGUAUGCAUACGACCGAAACCCUCAGAACCUCAAUUCCCUGGAUGUCGCAACAUUACUAUUCGAAACUCGAUGCUGCUGGGUGGGUUCAGAUAUUCAUACCCACGGUGGUUAAUCAAAAGCUUCUCAAG